AUGAGAUUGUUGAAAGAUGACUUUAGCAGAUGCAAGAAACUACUAGGUGGAGGAAAACUAUUUCAUGUCCAUUGUUGCGCCCAUGUCUUGAAGCUUAUGGUUCAAGAUGGCCUGAAGAAGAUAGUGGAUACCUAUGAAAAUAUUAGGGACAAUGUGGAUUUUGUGAACAAAUCCGAUGCUAGGGCAUUGCUAUUUGCAGAAAUUGCUCAACAACUUCAAAUUCUUGGAAAAAAAUUACUCCACGACUGUAGGACAAGAUUGAACUCCACAUACGAGAUGUUGAGUUGUGUUGUGAAGUACAAGGAGGUUUUUCCUCGUUUCCAAGAUUAUGAGCCCUUUUAUGAUUUGUGUCCAUCUGCUAAUGAUUACAAAAAAGUAGAAAAGGUCUGCACCAUUUUUGAGAAAUUCUACAUAACCACACACAUAAUUUCAGGGAGUGAGUAUCCAACCCCCAACCUAUUGCUCUUAGAGGUCUUGAAGGUUAAGAAAUUGUUGGAUGCAAGAGUGAAUGACGAAGAUGAUUUUGUCCAAGUAAUGAUUACAAGAAUGAAGGUAAAGUUUGAUAUAUACUGGAGCAAAUGCAUUUUAUUGAUGUCUGUUGCGGCUAUUUUAAAUCCAAGGCAGAAAAUACGAGCAAUAGAGUUCACCUUUCCUAAAAUGUACUCGCAUUGUGAGACUCAAGAGAAUAUUACAAAAGUUUGGAAAGCCAUCUUUGACCUUUAUGAAGAGUAUGCUGCUAUGGCUAAUAGUGCAAGUGCACAUUCAGAGACUUCAACAAAUACUUCAGCUUCUAGCCACGAUCCUUCUCGACCUUUAGCAGAUUGUUGGGAUGACUUGGAUGAGUAUUAUGGCGAACUCGAGACCAAUGAGCCCCACAAGACUGAAUUGCUGGACUAUUUAGACAAGUCUGGCCAGCCAAGUGGACAAAAUCCAAAGGAGUUCGAUUGCUUAGAUGGGUGGAGGACCAACUGGCUUGCAUACUCGGUUCUAUAUGUUCUGAGUUGGCUGUUGAUAUAUAGGCCAUUUCCAUCACUAUCAUAG